GGCGGGGCCCGCAGACGGAGCGAGGCGGCGGCGGCGCGGCGCAGGGCGCGGGGCGGCAUGGCCACCACCGCGCAGUACCUGCCGCGGGGCCCCGGCGGCGGGGCCGGGGGCACUGGGCCGCUCAUGCACCCGGACGCCGCGGCGGCGGCGGCGGCAGCGGCGGCCGCCGAGCGACUGCACGCGGGGGCCGCGUACCGCGAAGUGCAGAAGCUGAUGCACCACGAGUGGCUGGGCGCGGGCGCGGGCCACCCCGUGGGCCUAGCGCACCCCCAGUGGCUCCCCGCGGGAGGCGGCGGCGGCGGCGACUGGGCUGGCGGCCCGCACCUGGAGCACGGCAAGGCGGGCGGCGGUGGCACCGGUCGAGCCGACGACGGCGGCGGCGGCGGCGGCUUUCACGCGCGCCUGGUGCACCAGGGGGCGGCCCACGCGGGCGCGGCGUGGGCACAGGGCGGCACGGCGCACCACCUGGGCCCGGCUAUGUCGCCGUCGCCUGGGGCCGGCGGGGGCCACCAGCCCCAGCCGCUGGGGCUGUACGCUCAGGCGGCCUACCCGGGGGGCGGCGGCGGAGGCCUGGCCGGGAUGUUGGCGGCGGGCGGCGGCGGCGCGGGCCCGGGCCUGCACCACGCGCUGCACGAGGACGGCCACGAGGCGCAGCUGGAGCCGUCGCCUCCGCCGCAUCUGAGCGCCCACGGACACGCACACGGACAUGCCCACGCGGGCGGCCUGCACGCGGCGGCGGCGCACCUGCACCCGGGCGCGGGCGGCGGCGGCUCGUCGGUGGGCGAGCACUCGGACGAGGACGCGCCCAGCUCGGACGACCUGGAGCAAUUCGCCAAACAGUUCAAGCAGCGGCGCAUCAAGCUGGGCUUCACGCAGGCCGACGUGGGGCUGGCGCUGGGCACGCUGUACGGUAACGUGUUCUCGCAGACCACCAUCUGCCGCUUCGAGGCCCUGCAGCUGAGCUUCAAGAACAUGUGUAAGCUCAAACCGCUGCUCAACAAGUGGCUGGAGGAGACCGACUCGUCCAGCGGGAGCCCCACCAACCUGGACAAGAUCGCGGCGCAGGGCCGCAAGCGCAAGAAGCGCACGUCCAUCGAGGUGGGGGUCAAAGGCGCGCUCGAGAGCCACUUUCUCAAGUGCCCCAAGCCCUCAGCGCACGAGAUCACCGGCCUGGCCGACAGCCUGCAGCUGGAGAAGGAGGUGGUGCGCGUCUGGUUCUGCAACCGGCGGCAGAAGGAGAAGCGCAUGACCCCCGCGGCCGGCGCCGGCCACCCGCCCAUGGACGACGUGUACGCGCCCGGCGAGCUGGGGCCCGGUGGGGCCGGUGCGUCUCCGCCCUCGGCGCCCCCGCCGCCCCCGGCGGCCGCGCUGCACCACCACCACCACCACACGCUGCCCAGCUCGGUGCAGUGACCCCGCCGGCCCGACCCACCCCACCCCCGCCGGUGCGCGGCGAGGCGCCGCGGGGCCUGAACUCUUUUUGUUCGGUUGCUUUGGAUUUUACAAAUUAAAAAAAGAAAAAAAGCCCAGAAACUUUCGAACAAAACCAAACACUGGACCACCCUCUCUGGCGAGCGGCGGCUGAGACGGCCGACUGGCUGCGUCGCCAACCCGGAUAGAGAGGAGCUAGGAUCCGGAACGCGCCAACUCACCCCGGGGCACUCCGCCCGCCCGCCGCCUGCUCCCCACCCCCACCCCCACCCCGCCCCCGAGGACCCUCGCCUCUGCCCCCCCCACCCCUCACCCCGGCUGUUCGGGGCCGGAUCCCGGCAGCGGCCUCCCCACAGCGACAGGUAACGCGGUGCGGGAUUAGGGGUUCCCCGGGAGAGGACGCAAAGAGGAGGGCUCACCAAUCCCCUCUCCCCGCGGGGCGCGCACUCCCGAGCCUGCGGGUCGGGGUUGGGGGGCUGUCACUCUACUUGCUCCACGCCUCUUGUUUCCCACGAGGAUGCGCACCCUCCCCCCGACCCUUCCUCCGGGCUUGGAUUUUUUUUUUUUUUUUCCGGUUUUUAUUUAUUCAUGGAGCCUCUCUGCUCCUGGGGUCCUUCUAACUUCGCCUGCGCCCUUAAUUUAAAUCGCUGUAUACUGUAUUUAUCGGGCCCUGGAGGGGAGGCCGCGAGAGCCGCGUCUGUGUAUAAAAGCAGGAAAUAGCCAAAGCUUUAAUCUAGCCUAAUUUAUUUUUCCCCAUGCCUUCCCCUACCCGACCCCCUAGUACCCCCAACCAAAAAAAAAAAAAAAAAAAAGCGAAAAAACUAACAAAAAAAAUUUUUUUUUCUAGUGUUCAUUUUUCGUUUCGUUUUAUCCGAGCCCUGACUCGGUACCUUGGCCACGCCGGAGUGGUGUCUGCGCUUCCACACACCCCGAGGGGCAGGGGCCUCUGCCUACCACAGACCGGCUGCCACACUGCAGGGCCUCCACUCCCCGCGGGGCCCAGCCCGCCUGGCCGCUAACAAACGAAACUUAGAAAAGUUGGAGGUAUUUUUAACCAGCUGUAGAAAUAAGCCGUUCCCCCCAAAACCUUCUGCCUGAUUCUCCGCAGCUUCUGUCUGCUCUGUCCAGCCCCAGGGAUGCGGGAUGCUAGGGGUGGCCAGAAAAGAAAUCCCCCCAAGUUUGGGGUGAAAUGGGAACCUUGUAAAUAUGUGACAUAUGUAAACAGGGCGGGGAGAAGAAACAUUUUGUGCUUGGUUUUUAUUUUUGGUUUCCCAAGUUGCCCUCCUUCCCCCUUCCCAAAGGAUUUUGUAUACCAACUAACCCGAAAAAGAUAUUUUAAUAUGAUUUUCAGAUUUCUGAUCCAUCUCUAUUUAUUUUCUGGAUGUGUUUGGGGCUUCCCCACCUCUUCCUUCAUUUCUUGUUCUGUUUGUUACAGUUGGAUUUAAAUUUUGUUAUUUUAUUUUUUAUUAUUUUUGGAACAAUGUUUUUGGUGCAUUCUCUUUGUAUCUUUACUGCAAAAAACAUAAUAAUAAUGUAGACUGGGAAGUUCCCUUUAUAUUUAUGUUAUAGUAAAUAUUUUAUUACUCACAUAAACUUGUACCCCAGGGC